CGACAAUGGAAUAACAAACUUUUUACAUAUUCAUAUAUUAAUAGCAUGUAACGAUGACCAUGUCUUAUGCAAAGAUCCACAUCAAGGUGUUUGGUAAUGAUUUAUAUUAAUGCCCCGUAAAGCCACAAAGAUAGAGAAGUCUCCCCUGCUAUUUGUGGAGCGGCCUUUGUGUGGAGCCAGACUCCAAAAUGUGCCCGAAGUCAGAGCAGCACUCAACCCCAAAGAAUUUUUCACAGAGACACAAGCACACAACAGCCCAGCUCUCUGUUCCUGGGUAAGCCCACAAUUUGACAGUUCAGUUGUAGCUGCACCUCCAUUGAGACGAGGGAGGAGAAAAUGCCAGUCUGCCACAAGCAUCCUUGACGGUUGCAGUCAGCUGUCCAGGAAAAACAGUGUGUGCAAAUUCCCCUCAUUAUCGUUUCAGACAAGGUCAAGAGACCAGUCUCAUCAACCAAAGGGUAAACGCACAAAGAAGGCUGCAGAGUCUACUGUUGUGUCUCAUGCAGGAAAUCAACCACGGGGAUCAUGCCAAAUCAAAAAGACAGUUUCAAGUGCACAGUACUUAGACACACCAAAGAGACAGUCAACCUCAAUCAGAAGAAGGAGUGUGGAGAGAUUUUCUGAUGGUGCUACAUCCUCCAGCAGAUGUUUGGAUCAACCUAAAACUUGCUCUCUUCAGGGGAAGAGAUGCAGACUUCCAGCAGACAGUGCUUCAACACCUGCCUCCAGUGAAUUCAGGCCCUCUGAGUUCAGCAGUGUUGGCCCACCACCUGAUGUGGACACUCCAAAAGUUAUACAAGAAGGGAGUAGUUGUGUCCCCUCCCCCAUUAUGCACCUGCUACUCGCUGAGCCAUGUACACCACCAUGUAAUCAGCCACCUGACAUUUUAGUGGCUGACACACCAGAGAGGGAUUAUGGGUUGAAGGUGACAUGGAGGAGGAGAAUGGGACUGAUGUUGCUGUUAAAAGACAGGGGCCAUCUCUCUGAUUCAGAUGUGUUAAUUCAGAGUUGAUGUUGAGGUUUGGUGAAAAGUUGAUUAGACAAACGAUGCAGACAGAAGAAACACUUAUUAAGUAUUAGAUCAUUUCUGUAAUCAGAAUUCUUCAUAUGAACUAUUUUUUUUUUAAUUGCAUGGAGCUUCGGCAUUCUAAAAUGAUUCAUCACAUUUCAGUUCAGUAGCUGUUUAUUUAUUUUUAGUUUGAAUGAACCUCCUAAUGAUAAGUCAAGGAUGUAAUGAAAUGACUCACUCACUUUAUCUGCACAGCCCUGGUAGUUUGGAUCAAAUCAAAUACUAAAUAAAUCAAAAUUGCUGUUUGAUUGCAGCAAUGUCCAAGAGGCAAGCCUUUUUUUCAUAAGUGAGAAUAUGUUUAGAUGGAUAACAGUUAUACUGUGCUCUUACAGAAUAUGUUGGAAAUCAGAUGCAAUCCUUUUAUUCAAAUCCAAACCUGGCCUAUCUAGCAAUACAAGCCUAUUCCUUGCUAUUUUUAUGCCUCUGAAAUUAAGUAAUGAUAUAUGGGGAAAGCAUUUGUCUUCCUGGGCUGUAAAUGAUAUCACAUUCCCAAAAUCAAGCUAACUCUAUAUAUAAUUUUAUCACUGACAUGAAAUAUUAUGCUUGUUUAAUAAAAACCAAGGGUGCUGCAGAAGGAUCAUUUGAACACUGUUUUUGGUGAUUGUGAGCAAUACUGUGUUACUUAGACAUAUCUUGUAUUUUGCAAAAGAGAUGUUGAAUAAAUAUAUACGUGCAAAGAGAAAACUAAAUAAUCAGGAGGCAGCCAUUAUUUCUAGUAAGUAAAAACUAAACACAAUAACAAUAUA